AUGACGAGCCUUUGGCUCAACUUUAGUUUGCUAGCAAAGCAGAGCUUGGUUCUCGGUAGAGAAAUGUGGCCGCCCAUCAUGCCAGUUGGAUCCAGCGUACAACAUCCUCUUCCAGGCAAAAGAAAAAAUAGCAAACAAGCAGCAAGUUCUGUCGUAGCAGCAGAAAUUGACACGUUCGAAGAAAGUGAUAGCGUGCAAAUUGAGGGGCUGGAGGAGUCCAUCGCGACUUGGGUUGGCAGAAAAGGAAGAGCCACUGCUGUGGUUGACAGAAAGACAAGAUACUUCAACACUCUAAGAAUGAAUGGCAUACUGGACCUGUUUGACGCUUUUGAAAGCUUUCAGCUAUCAAACUUUUCCGUUGAAACACAAGAGAAAAUCAGACAACUACAAUUUAUUGCUUCCAUAAUGAUUUUUUAUUUUUAA